AUGCCUGACUCGAGCGAACAGUCGCAUUUUGGUGGCUCUCUGGGCCAGCAGGUUGCUGCCUGGAGCGAGGGACAGAACGACAGGGCUGAGAGCCGCUGCUUGUACUGUGGUACUGUCCCAGAGCGGAGAGACUCUCUCCUGCUUGGGGGUAGAGACAGCACAGCUGGUUUUCUUCAUCAGCUAGACCUGGCUGGGAAACGGGAUCAAGGCCUGCGUGAACAACAGCUCCUGAGGAAGAGUCCUGUCCCUGAUCUUUGUAGUAACCUCUACCUUAGACGAGCCAUGGCAGGCCGGGCCUCUGUACAAGCUCAGGAUUACUACCUGGCUGACACUUCCUUAUCUGGUCAACCACCUGAAGAAUCUGGGUUUUACAGGGAUAACCAGCACUCGCUCACCAGAUCAGCCUCGCAUUAUGGAGGGGGGAGGCCUGCGUGGGAUCAAGGACAGGCAAGGGCCACACCUUCUGUACUGGCUUCUACUUCUGGACCUACAUCCGUGCCUCCUCCUCCUCUUCCUCCUCCCCCACCACCUCCUCCCCCUCCUCUUCAUGAGCUGAGCCGUUUGUAUCGGGAAGCUUUGGGAUCUAAGGUGAUCCCAGACGUCCAGCGUAUUGGUGGCAGCUCUUUUACUCCGGCUGCUAUCUACGGGGUCCAGCCCCCUCUUCCCAUUUAUGCUACCGAGCUGCCAUCUGUUCCACAUCAGGUUUAUAAUAGCAUCACCAGCUUACCUGUGGAAUCUCGUCAUCCAGCUGCAUCAGUUUCAGUAGUGGACCCAGCAUCUCAAGCAAUGGACGGAGCUCUCCCUCGGCCUUAUGGAGCUGUAGCCUCCCAGAGGCUGCCUUAUGACCCAAAUUAUGACCCAACGGCAGCCAUGAUGGCUGCCACAGCUGGGAUGCCUUCCAGCCUGCCGACAGUACAUCCAAGCUCUACAGACCCCAAGAAGAUGGUAGAUCCUACCUUUUUGGCUUUCCUACGAGCUGAAGGCUUGGCUGAAAGCACCAUCACUCUGCUGCUGCAGCAUGGCUUCGAUUCCACUUCCACUCUGACGAUGAUGGAGGAUCAUGAUAUCCGGUCUGUGGCCCCAAACUUGGCCCAGGCCCGUGUUUUGUCCCGUGUGGUAAUGGGAUGUAAGACAGGCAAUGCUGCAACGCGUACCCGGUCAAACAGCUUCAGCCAUCGCAAUGACCUCUAUAUGCAGCAGCAGGGGUUGACGAUGGAUCCCAGUCUGAUGCAGCAACCCCCUACCACCAUUCAGACUGUAUCCCCAAGGAUGGGAGAGUUUCUUGGCCGCAGACCAAGCAGUGCUCCCUCUCAGCAUCUUCUUGAGACGACCACCUACCCUGGGGCAAGACCAGUGGCAACUGGAGCUUUCCCAGUUAGCCCUGGAGGAUACAACAAUGUAGGACCUCAGGGAAGACCCCUCUCUAUGUACAAUGCUCACACUGGCCUCAGCAUGUCCGCUCUUGGGCAGCAACCCCAACCAACACCAGGCACUCCUGGAAUGGCACCCAAAACCUUCUCCGGCUCUUACUCCCCCAUGGAGCUGAUGAAGAGAGCCCCAAACCUUCCCCCGGCUUCUCCUGUUGCGGCAGCAAGUCCCCUCCACAGCCCACAGCUUCUCCGAAAAGGGAUCAGUGCAGCUCCCGAGAGCACCAUUGUUCCUUCUACUUCUAACACUACUCUCCAAGGGCAAAACAGCAGUAACAACAAGCUGGUCGGACGUCGCACCGGUCCCCCUGUUAUAGUCUCAACUAUGACCACCGCGCAAGACACAAGCCAGAUGGCUCCUGUCGCUGCAAGAAGAGGAGGAGCGAUGGAAGGAAAAGAGGGAAUGGGGGGAGGCUUUGAGUUGUCCUUAACGGAGCCGGAGUGGCCUGUCCCCAGGACCGCUACAUCUGGAGACCACCUGCAGCUGGCUGGAACUGCUUCCUACCUCCUCACUUAG